CUCGUUCAAGGCGCAAAAUUUGAACUUUAUCCGGAAGUGCUAAACGUUUGUUAUCACAGCAGUCAUGUUUCUCUGAACGCGAUUCAUCUGAUUUUACUACAGUAAUAAUAUACACCUUUACGUACACAUCUCACACACUUUCACAUGAACAUUCGUGAUGUUGAAGUUUAAAUAUGGAGGUCACAGCAGUGUUAAAGAUCUUUCUGCAGUCGAGUCCAUCACGAGCCGCUGCACUCGACUCAAUCAGCUUUUGCAGGGUAAGUGCAGAAGUGCAUCAGACUCUACAGGAGUGACCAGAGAAGGUCUGAUCGAUGCUUUGCUGUUGCUCUAUCAAGAGUGCACGUCACCAGAGCUCAUGAAGAUCAAACAUGUGGCCAAUUUCGUCAAUAAAUACUCUGAGGUGGUAGCUGAAGUUCAGGAACUGCUUCCUUGUAAGAAGGAUUUUGAUAUGAGGGGUGUCGUGGGACGAGGACGUUUCUCUGAGGUGCAGGUUGUGAAGGAAAGAGCUACUGGAGAUGCGUAUGCCAUGAAGAUCAUGGAAAAAAGCUGUCUACGUUCUCAGGACCAGGUGUCAUUUGAUGAAGAAAGAAGCAUCUUAACCCUGAACGCAAGCCCUUGGAUCCCACAACUCCAGCACGCUUUUCAAGACCAGGAUCAUGUUUAUCUGGUGAUGGAGUAUCUACCUGGUGGUGAUCUCAUGACUUUAAUGAACAGAUAUGAAGAUCAGUUUGAUGAGUCUAUGGCUCAGUUUUAUCUUGCAGAGCUUGUACUGGCCAUUCAUGUUGUCCAUCAGAUGGGAUAUGUUCACAGAGAUAUUAGACCAGAUAAUGUUCUGAUCGACCGCACAGGUCACAUUAAACUGGCUGACUUUGGAUCAGCUGCCAGACUGAACGCUAACAGAACGGUGAUGUCUUCCAGACUUCCAGAGGGGACUCAUGAUUUUUUGGCCCCAGAGAUUCUGUCCGCGCUAAACGGAGGAUUGACGUGCAGCUACGGUCCUGAAAGUGACUGGUGGUCCCUUGGCGUCAUUGCUUAUGAAAUGGUCUACAUGAAAUCGCCUUUUUCUGAUGGGACCUCAACAAAAACCAUCAAUAAUAUCUUGAACUUUCAGCGCUAUUUGAAGUUCCCUGAGGAACCGAAGGCCAGCGCUCAGUUUGUGGACCUGAUCCAGAGUUUGUUGUGUGGAUCACGGGAGCGACUGGGGUACGAGGGGCUCCGGUCCCAUCCGUUCUUCUCCUCCAUUGACUGGAACAACGUGAGACAUGCGCUCCCUCCGUUCGUUCCGUCUCUGCGCUCCGACGAUGACACCUCCAAUUUUGAGGAGCCCGAGAGGCCCCAUCGCCCCGCGGCCGCUGCCCAGCGAGAUCUCCCUCGCGACGGCUUCAACGGACGAGACCUGCCCUUUGUAGGGUGGUGCUUCAGUCGGGCCCUGAGCGCACUGGCCAAGUCUGAGUCUGUUGCCGCAGGGCUGAACUCUCCUGCGAAAACAAACUCCAUGGAAAAAAAACUCCAUCUGAAAAACAAAGAACUGCAAGAUACUCAAGACAAAUGUCACAAGAUGGAGCAAGAGAUCUCGCGGUUUCAGCGUAAAAUGACUGACCUCGAGUCAGUUCUCCAGCAGAAAGAUGUGGAACUCAAAGCCUCCGAGACCCAGAGAAGCAUUCUGGAGCAAGACCUCGCCACCUACAUCACCGAAUGCAGCAGUCUUAAGCGUAGUUUGGAACAGGCUCGUGUCGAAGUCUCACAGGAAGAUGACAAAGCUCUACAGCUCCUCCAUGAUAUCAGAGAACAAAGCAACAAACUCCAGGAGAUCAAAGAACAAGAAUAUCAUGCACAGCUGGAGGAGAUGCAGGUCACCAUUAGACAGUUGGAGGAAGAUCUGUCGGCCGCUCGUCGUCGCAGUGAUCUGUACGAGACUGAGCUACGAGAGUCACGACAGACCAGCGAGGAGCUGAAGAGAAAAGCUGCCGAAUACCAGCAGAGAAUCCAGAAGGCAAAGGAACAGGGUAAAGCCGAGGUCGAGGACUUGCUCUCUAAACUGGAGAAGACAAAUGCCGAGCAGCAGCUGAAGAUUCAGGAGCUGCAGGAUAAACUCUCAAAGGCGGUGAAGGCAAGCACAGAAGCAACAGAACUGCUGCAGAACAUCCGACAGGCCAAAGAGCGUCUGGAGAGAGAACUCGAGCGCCUGCGCAGCAAAUCUGACUCGAGUGACACGCUGCGCAGACGCCUUAGAGAGACUGAGGAGGGCAGAAAAACUUUGGAAAAUCAAGUCAAGCGUCUGGAGAUGGUAGAGCGUCGAGAGAAUAAACUGAAGGAUGACAUCCAGACAAAAUCCCAGCAGAUCCAACAGAUGGCUGAGAAGAUACUGGAGCUUGAGGACAACUUGAGGGAAACUCAGGCUACGGCUCAGAGGAUGGAAACUCAUUUGGUCCAAAAAGAGCGACUUUAUGAGGAUAAGAUCAAGAUUCUGGAGGCGCAGAUGAAAGUGGAUCUGGCAGAUAAAGAAAGUCUGGAGCAGAAGCGAGCUCAGCAUGAGGAAGAAGCUCGUGAAAAAUGUAAACUCAUCAGUGAACAGAAAGCUACCAUCAAUGCCAUGGACAAUAAAAUGAAGAGUCUGGAGCAGAGGAUCGCUGAACUCUCAGAAGCAAAUAAACUUGCUGCCAACAGCAGCAUUUACACACAGAAGAACAUGAAAGCGCAAGAGGAAAUGAUCUCAGAGUUACGACAACAGAAGUUUUAUCUGGAGUCACAGGCAGGGAAACUGGAAGCACAGAAUGCCAAACUGGAGGAACAUCUGGAGAAGAUGAGCCAACAGGAACAGACCAGGAAGAGUCGGAUUAUGGAACUGGAGACCAGACUCAGAGAGAUGGGUCUGGAGCACGAGGAACAGAAGCUGGAGAUUAAGAGACAGGUGUCUGAACUGACACUGUCAUUACAGGAGAGAGAGUCUCAGAUCAGCAGUCUGCAGGCGGCGCGUCACGCUUUAGAGAGUCAACUACAGCAGGCCAAAACCGAACUGGAGGAGACGACCGCAGAGGCCGAGGAGGAGAUCACCGCUCUAAGAGCCCACAGAGAUGAGAUUCAACGCAAGUUUGAUGCUUUGAGAGACAGCUGUUCGGUAAUCACAGACCUGGAGGAGCAGUUGACCCAGCUGACCCAAGAGAACGCUGAGCUGAACCGACAGAACUUCUACCUAUCCAAACAACUGGACGAGAUGACGGUGGAGAACGAGGAACGGAUCCAACUCGAUCAAGAUGUGGACCGCCUGCGCCGUGAGGUUGCUGACAGAGAGAUGCACCUCAACAACCAGAAACAGGUACAUAAGCACACGGAUACACACACUAGCACGCAAAACUUGGACCACAAGGUGAAGUCACAUAAACUCUUUGGAUUGUCUAGAUCAAAAGUUCAGUGCUUUUAUAUUAGCGUUUGUGCUGGUCCGUUUCAGAACAUAGAGACUUUGAAGACCACAUGCAGUAUGCUGGAAGAGCAGGUGGUGGAACUGGAAAGUCUAAAUGAUGAACUCUUGGAGAAAGAAAGGCAAUGGGAGAACUGGAGAUCUGCUCUGGAGGACGAGAAGAACCAGGCAGAGCGCAGAACCCGAGACAUGCAGAGACUGCUGGACAACGAGAAGCAAAAUCGGUUACGGGCGGAUCAGCGUAGCACAGAGUCUCGCCAGGCCGUCGAAUUGGCCGUGCGGGAACACAAGGCUGAAAUUGUGGCUUUACAGCAGGCACUUAAAGAGCAAAGACUUAAAGCCGAAAGCUUGUCUGAUACUCUGAAUGAUCUGGAGAAGAAACAUGCCAUGCUGGAGAUGAACGCACGGAGUCUUCAGCAGAAACUAGAGACGGAGAGAGAACUCAAACAAAGACUUAUGGAGGAGCAAGGUAAACUUCAGCAGCAGAUGGAUCUACAGAAGACACACAUCUUCAGACUGACGCAGGGCCUUCAGGAUGCACUGGACCAGACAGAUCUGCUUAAAACUGAGAGAACCGACCUGGAGUAUCAGCUAGAGAACAUACAGGCUGUGUACUCUCAUGAGAAGGUGAAAAUGGAAGGAACCAUCUCUCAGCAAACUAAACUUAUAGACUUCCUGCAGGCCAAGAUGGAUCAGCCCACCAAGAAGAAGAAGGGAAUAUUCGGCCGUCGACGUGAGGAGGUUGGCGUCACAGCUAACGGGGCCACAGCCGCGGCGGCUCAGUCUGCCAUACCGUUACAGUACAGUGAUAUGAAAGUAGCUCUUGAGAAAGAGAGAUCUCGCUGCUCGGAGCUGGAAGAAGCCUUACAGAAAAUGAGAAUCGAGCUGCGCACUCUUCGAGAAGAAGCGGCUCAUUUUAAAGCUCAGGAGCAUGUGCCUCCGUCCGUGCCAGCGGCUCGUCAGCAGAUCCUCAUGUCGGCCAUCGUGAAAUCUCCAGAGCGACAGCCCAAUCCCAGCAGUCUGUUGAAUCCCUCCAGCUCGGCCCGGCGCAAAGAGAACUCCACACCAGAGGAGAAGAGGAGAGUCACAUUUGAAAAGUACGGACGGCGAGUAAAGGAGCGGAUGCAUCACAACAUUCCUCAUCGCUUCACAGUGGGCUUGAAUAUGAGGGCGGCGAAAUGUGCUGUCUGCCUGGACACCGUACACUUCGGCCGGCAAGCUGCCACAUGCCUGGAAUGUCGUACUCUCUGUCAUCCCAAGUGCUCGCCGUGUCUCCCUGCGACUUGCGGUCUUCCAGCCGAGUACGCUACACAUUUCACCGAGGCUCUGUGUAGGGAUAAGAGCAGCUCACCCGCCCUGCAGGUUAAAGAAGCGUCGGGUCACGUGCGUCUGGAGGGCUGGAUGAAACAGCCCAGGAACGGGAAACGAGGACAGCAGGGCUGGGAGAGGAAAUAUGUGGUGCUGGAUGGAACUAAAGUGUCAAUCUAUGAGUCUGAACUCACAGAAGAUGCUGUGAAGCCGCAGGAAGAGUUUGAGUUGUGUUUGCCAGAUGGUGAUGUGACCGUACACGGAGCUGUUGGCGCUUCUGAGCUCAUCAACACGGCUAAAUCAGAUAUCCCAUAUGUACUGAAACUGGAGUCUCAUCCUCACACCACAUGCUGGCCGGGUCAGUCUCUCUACUUCAUGGCUCCCAGUUUUCCUGAUAAGCAGCGCUGGGUGGCUGUUCUGGAGUCAGUGAUCGCGGGCAGCAGAGGAUCUCGUGAGAAAACAGAAUCAGAUGCUAAGCUGUUGGGGAACUCUUUACUGAAGUUAGAAGGAGAUGACCGGCUGGAUAUAAAUUGUACUUUACCUCUGACUGACCAGAUUGUGUUGGUGGGUUCAGAAGAGGGUCUGUAUGCUCUCAAUGUCAUUAAGAAUUCACUGACACACAUCCCAGGACUGGACUCAGUAUUCCAGAUCCAGAUUCUUAAAGACCUUGACAAACUACUUAUGAUCACUGGUGAGGAGCGUGCUCUGUGUCUGGUGGAUAUUAAACGGGUCAAACAGUCUCUGGCUCAGUCUCAUUUACCCGCACAGCUGGAUCUCAGUCCAUAUAUCUUUGAGGCAGUGAAGGGUUGCCAUCUGUUUGCUUCUGGAAAGAUUGAAAAUGGGAUGUGUAUUUGUGCUGCGAUGCCCAAUAAAAUCACCAUACUACGCUACAAUGACACACUUAACAAGUUCUGCAUUAGAAAGGAGAUUGAGACGUCUGAACCCUGCAGUUGUAUUCACUUCACCGGCUACAGCAUCAUCAUCGGCACAAAUAAAUUCUAUGAGAUUGAGAUGAAGCAGUAUGUGCUCGAAGAGUUCUUGGAUAAGAACGACGUGACUUUGGCUUCGGCUGUGUUCGCUGCCUCCUCUCACAGUUUCCCGAUCUCCAUCAUCCAGGUGUCCAGCUCCCCUCAGAAAGUCGAAUAUCUGCUUUGCUUCCACGAAUUCGGAGUGUUUGUGGACGCGUACGGCCGCAGGAGUCGCACCGAUGACAUCAAAUGGAGUCGCCUGCCUUUGUCCUUUGCAUACAGAGAGCCCUAUCUGUUUGUAACCUACUUCAACUCGCUGGAUGUCAUUGAGGUUCAGAGUCACUCUGCGCUUGGUCCACAUGCCUACGCUCACCUGGACAUUCCUAACCCUCGGUACCUGGGCCCGGCCAUCUCAUCCGGUGCCGUGUACCUGGCGUCGUCCUACCAGAACAAACUGCGUGUUAUCUGCUGUAAAGGAAACCUGACUCAGGACGGGUCGUCCGCAGAACCGCAGAGGAACGGCUCCACGCGCAGCCCAAACAAGCGCGGCCCUCCCUCUUACAAUGAGCACAUCUCUAAACGUCUGGCCUCAACACCUGCCGGACAGGAGGGGAUCCAUCAACCCGGAACCCCUCACCGUUACCGGGAGGCUCGGACCGAGUUCCGCCGUGACAAAUCUCCCGCACGGCCCCUCGAUAGAGAGAAGUCACCGGGGCGUCUCACAGAGCAGAGGAUAGAGAGAUCACCCGGGAGAAUGAUGGACCCUCGUUUGGACCGCUCACCAGGGCGGGUGAUGGAUCUGCGCAGAGAAAGGUCGCCCGGCCGGGCGUUCGAAGAACCUCGACAGAGACUGCACACGGGAUCGGCGCGCACACCCAUUAACACGGUAAACAAGGUGUGGGAUCAGUCAUCGGUUUAAAUGAUCAGCGCUGUAUCCGAAGACCACGCCCCCAGAACAUCCGAUUCGUCUAAACAUCCGACCACGGACAGGAAUCAUGUGACCACGUGACGUCCAAUCUCAUUUGAGUGAUGUCAAUCUUACACAGAGCACAAUGUCUGGCUCUACAUGGCCUUAGAUUAAUAUUAACACUGUUUAUUAACAACACUAAGAUCUGGCCAGCUAGCGCUAACAUUUCUGAAAGUAUUAUUAGAUGACUUGAUCUGAUGUUCAGUGAACGAGAAACACUAUAAGAAUGGGUAAGAAUGAGAUGUAGUUUUGCUCGUCGUUCGUCCUGAUAUUUCUGUACCUCUUACUUCCUUUUGGUUUCCUCUUUCUUGUCCGUCACCCUUCCCGCACUUCCCCAGAAUCCCCAGUGACGUCUUGAUGAAACGGGAACUUUGUAAAAUCUCCGAAUGUCAAGUCACUCUUGUAUAUAGGCCCGUGUGAUUUUAUACGAGACGAUAUAAAAGCGAAUAUCAAGGCUUGUUGAGCCGUGUCUAUUUUUGUUAAGAAAUGAAAUGCGAGAACUCGUUUGUAACGUUCCCGUCUUGGAUGUCUCAAUCUGAACCAUGUAAAUGUCCAUGACGCUUUAAAGUGAAACAUUUCGCUUGAAUCAAGCUGGUGUGCAUCUGCCUGUAACACUCGUAGACCGAUUCCUUUUCAAGCUCAACAAAUGUGUUUGUUUUUUGAAGACAAUUAAAGAAAUCUGCUGUAGUGUCGUCCGCUUUUUCGAUAGCACAGAGCGAGAACGCUUCGCUUCCACCGGGAUUUUGUCUUCAGGCCCUGAUGAACUCUUGAUCUCAGGAUAAGAAUGUAUGAAUCACAGUUCUGUUGUUAUUUCAUGCGACGCAGCCGUCCACACAGGAAUCUCUAUUUAGCGUUAUCUAUUAACAGCAUUCAGUUCAUUCGUGCGGUGAUGUCUUGACUGUCGCAUGGAGACGAUUCAAAGGGUUUCUUCUGUUUCUGCUUUUCAUUUCUGUUUCUUGUGUUUUGAUGCUCUUCAUUUUGCGCUAAAUGAUGCCGCCGAUGUUAACAAACUGCUGACCAGAGAUGUAGCGUAUCUUGUUUGAUCUUUUCUUUUUUAUAAUUAUGGUCAAAUAGCAUUAUCUAUAGCCACUAUUAAACAAAGAUCUAUCUUUA